AUGUUUGCUCCCGAAGCAGAGAUUUGGUACGGUAUUCCCGAAUUCGACAUUCUCGCACUGAAUGUCACCGUUCCUGGCCUAUCCCCGCUGUUCCCGGAAGUGCACUGUACUGCAGAUGGAGAUGUUUGUCAAGUGGUGACGGGAGAGAGCGAGAUCAAUGCUGCUACGACAAUUGGAUCGCUUGUAUGGUCACCACAAUUUGAUCUUACAGAGUCAUACUGGAUGGUGGCGGGCAUUGGUGGAGUGAACCCAGAAGUGGCAACCAUAUGCUCAGCUACAUUCGCUCGCUUUGCAGUCCAAGUAGCUUUGCAAUACGAAUUUGACCCUCGAGAAAUCCCGGCCAAUUUCUCGACUGGUUAUAUCCCUCUGGGCUCGACCACACCAGAUCAAUAUCCCACUUCCAUCUAUGGUACGGAAGUCUUUGAGCUCAAUCAGAAUCUCCAAAAGAUAGCCGCGGGAUUUGCCCGAAAAGCGACACUCAACGAUAGCGACGACGCCAUUGCCUACCGAGCCCAAUACGCAGCCUCGAAAGCAUACGCAAUCGGUGCUGCACCUCCCACCAUUGUAGAGUGUGAUGUAGCCACUUCCGACGUCUACUACUCCGGAGAGAUCCUCUCGACGGCAUUCGGCAACUAUACGACAUUACUCACCAACGGCUCCGGAGUCUAUUGCACAACAGCGCAAGAAGACAACGCCACACUGGAAGUCCUCUUGCGCGCAGCUGUACACAAGCUGGUAGAUUUUUCUCGCAUCAUCGUCAUGAGAACUGCUUCGGAUUUCGAUCGUCCGUUCCCGGGAGAGGCUGCAACGACAAAUUUACUCUAUGCGGAACAAGGUGCUUUUGAACCUGCCAUUCAGAAUAUUUAUCUCGCGGGUAUUGAAGUUGUUCAGGGUAUUUUGAAGGGGUGGAAUCAGACGUUUGCGCAGGGAGUGAAUGCGACGAAUUAUAUUGGUGAUAUCUUUGGUACUUUGGGAGGUAUACCGGAUUUUGGUCCAGGUUCCAUUUUUGAUACGUGA